CCCUCCCCGCCCCGCCGCGCCGCUGGCAUGUGCGACUUCUGCGGGCUGAGGCGGCGCGAGAGGGACGCGGGCUGGCCGCCCCCGAGGCCGCGCGGGGAAGGCUCCGAGGAGGGCGGCACGAGCUUCCAGGCGGAGGCGGCCGCGCCUGGGCCGCCGCAGCCAGAGCACCAUGCGCUCGCGCCCGCGCCCGCGCCAGCGGGCUCGCCCGCACUGGCGGGCGCGCCCGCGCCCUGCGCGCGGCUCGUCGUGAAGGUGCAGCGCGGCGAGGGCCUGCUGCCCAUGGACACCGUCCUCAAGCCUCGGGGGGCGGCCGUCGGGGAAAGCGUCAACGAGGGGAAGCCCUUCGCCGAGACCGAGGUGCGCUGGAGGUCGCCAGGAGAUCCUGUUUGGGACCAGAGCUUCUCCGUGGACAUCCUGCACCCGAGGCAAGCUGUGGUGGACCAUCCGGAACAGGCGCUUGCAUUUCUGGGCCUGACAAAGGGCGAGUGGGCCGAUGGGCGCCCUGUCGCGCCGGCCCCUGCGCGCGUGCCGCCACGCGUCUGUGACGACGACCCCGUGCUCCGGAAGGACAGCAUGUUCGGGCACACCAGGCUGGCCGACCGGCGGGAGAGGCAGGUGCCAGUUGAGCCCAAGGAGGUGGCCGGCCACAUGCGGCCCGCGCCGCAGUUCGCGCGGUCGCUGCCGGCGCUGGACCUCCCGAGCUUCCUGGGGCACGUGGGCGAGGUGAAGCGGCUGCUGGUGGAGAGGCUCCUCCUUAGACCCUUGCUCGUGGUGCUGUACGCCAUCUCGUGGCAGAGCCCCGCCCUCAGCGCGGCGGUGCUCUGCUGGCAUUGGCUGCUCUGUUACCGCCCGCGGUUCAUCUGGGCCACCGUCUGGCUGCUGGUGCUGCUCUGUUUCUGGCACGAGAUCCCGCAGGAUGGCGAUGGUGGCGGGGCAUCCCCGAGUCUUGAGCGGACCGGCGUCAUAGGCGGCACGGGACAGGGGCUCUGGUCCUUCGGCUUGCACGCGUACGAGGGCACCAAGGCAGUGCUGACGAGGCCAUUGGAGAAGGCCGCCGAGAAGAGCAGGGGACGGGGCAUCGUGGGCGCGGUGGUGGGCGGCACCGCGGGGCUCUUCCAGGGGACCGCCGAAGGCGCGGUCGGCUUCGUCACUCACACCGGACAGGCCGUGGUGGGACUCGGCGUCGGCGUGGGCGGGGGCGUGAUCGGCACCCUCUCGGGCCUGCGCAGCCCGGGGCUUGCAGAGUUCCAGCACAUGAUCCGCAUCUCGCCCGCGCUGCGGGACAUCGUGCGAUCCGCGCAGCGCCCAGCGCAGGGCGCAGCCCGAGGCCUGCAGGCGGUGGACGACCUGUUCUACUGGAAGGACAAGACGCCAAACUGACUGGCAAGUUGGUGGGGAUCGCCGGCAUCCUGCUGCUGCUCUCGGUGAUCCUUAGCGGAUACAUGGGAGUCGUCUCAGGAUACUUAUGGCUCGCGCUGGGCUCUCUGAUCCUGAUGGCGCAGGCCUCGUUUUUCAGCACUGCCGUGGCUUUCGCCUUGGCCGUGGUGGCAGUGGCCACCAAGCCCAAGGCGGCGGCGCCGUUCUCACGCUACGACUUCUUCGACGGGGAGGCAGCGAAGUCCCCCCCCGCGGAGGCGCCGCUGCGUUGACGGGCGGCAUGAGUAGAUUUUAAUCGUCGACGUCUUGGAGUUCGAGGCCGCUCAGCCUUGGAGUCGCCGUGGAGGAAGCGGGCCCGGCGGGCAACGGGUCCUGGAUCCCGGGGCCUUCCCCCGGACCAGCCCUUCGUCCCCCGUGCUCCUGGAGCGCCCCGGGGGCCCGACGGCGGCGAAGCACUGCCAGGAUCCCCCCUCCCUCCUCCAGGGUCUCCGCAUCCCUCUGCUGGUAACCUGUGCUGACUGCGGCCUCGAGCAGCAGCGCGACCCAGGAGGGGCGCGCCUCCUCGCGCGCGCCCCUGCCGCAUUGGGCAGGCGCGCGCGCGGGCCUGCUUUUGCUGUCGGCGGGCGCGGGGGGACUUCGAGCCGUCGGGCGGAGCAGGGCGCGGAGCCGCGAGCCGCGCCCUCUCUCGGAGAGAGGGGGGGGGCAGGCGAGAGCGGGCGCGACAGGCCUCGGAACAGGAAUAGCGAGCACUCCUGCCAGAUGUGGGACAGGGGUGGUGCUGCUGUGUGACAGGCGAGCUCAUUAACGCUUCGCCGCGCUCUCUGUCGGUCUCGGCCCUUCAAGCGGAGUGCUGAUCGUCUGCGGGACGCUUGAACUGAACCGCAGCGUGCGCCCGAGUCUCCGGCCCUCGUGCUUCAUGUCAGGCUGACGGUUCCAUUCCGUGCGGUGUUAUUUGGCGGUGUGCUUGAAGACAGCACAGCUCCCAGCUCGUCACUCGCGCUGGAGGCGCAUGUCUGCGGGUGAGAACAGGCUGCGGCUGCUGCGGG